GUGUGUGUGUGAGUGUGUUCAUGUGUCCGUGCAUCCCUCCCCCACACUCCUGGCGCGGCGUUUUGCAGGGUUAAUGAGGGGGAAUAUGCCGAGGAGCGCACCGUAGUGAAGGAAAAAACCAAGGAAGAGGCGGAGGAAGAGGAGGGAGAUGAGGGGGCCAACUUCCUCAAGAACCGCCAACAGAUGAAGAUGUCUGAGCUGGACGAACAGCUGGCUGAGUACAUCGCUGAGUGGCGGAAGCAGCGCGCCAAGGAGGAGGACGAGCUGAGGAAACUCAAAGACAAACAGGCCAAGAGGAAGGUCCUCCGCGCUGAGGAAGAGAAGAAACUGACCGAGCAGAAGAAGGCUGAGGAGGAGAGGAAGAUGAGGGAGGAGACCGAGAGGAAGCAGCGUGAGCAGGAGGAGAAGAGGAAGAGGCUGGAGGAGGCGGAGAAGAAGCGCCAGGCACUCAUGAAGGGCACCAUGGAAGGAGGCGGAAAGAAGUUCUCUCGCAGGGGAGGUGGAGACAAGCUCUCCAACAUCCAGGCCGCUAAGGGUGAGCUCGGCAAGACUCGCGAGCAGCUGGCAGAGGAGAAGAAGAUCGCUCUGUCCAUCCGCGUCAAGCCCCUCAACAUCGACGGCAUUGGAUCCGCUAACCUGCGCUCCAAGGCCGAGGAUAUGUGGAACCUGAUCGUCAAGCUGGAGACCGAGAAGUACGACAUGGAGGAGCGGAUGAAGCGUCAGGACUACGAUUUGAAGGAGCUGAGAGAGAGACAGAAGCAACAGCUAAGGCAAAAGGCUCUCAAAAAGGGUCUUGAUCCUGAAGCGUUGACUGGCAAGCACCCGCCCAAGAUCCAGACCGCCUCCAAAUUCGAGCGCCGUACUGACCGCCGAACAUACGACGACAAGAAGAAGCUGUUCGAGGGUGGAUGGGACGUUGUGCUCAAAGACGAUUCGGAGAAAUUAUGGAAGGAAAAGUAUGAGGAGUUUAUGGCGAGGACGAGAACCCAGCUCCCCAAGUGGUUCGGCGAGCGACCCGGCAAGAAGGCAGGAGACCCCGAAUCCCCCGAAGAGGCUGAGGUCGAGGAGGAACUUGAGCCCCCGCCACCAGAGCCCGAGUACGAGGAGGAAGAGGAAGAGGAGGAGGAAGAGGAGGAGGAGGAGGAAGAGGAGGAAGAGUAAGAGCUCUGCCCUCCUUCUCGCCCCCCCUUCAAACCCCCUCUCUACCGCCCCCUUCGGUCCGUAUCUCUGUCUCUGUAAUACGAUAUACGCUGAGUCAUUACUAUCCUUACUAUUACUUCCUUACUACAAUCAUUACGCAUCGUGCUGUCGCUGGCUACGUAUGACGAUUGGCCUUGUUCUUGCUUCUCCUUCAUUGGUGGGUCAAAAGGACGAAUUGGACUACUAACAAACUGAUGAUGUUGAUGUUGAUAUGUCUGGCAGGACGUGUAAAGAACAGGAAAACUAAAAAACAGAACAAGUAAACUACACAGCUGAAGUAGUGGAGGAUUGGGAGAAAGGGGGGUCUAGGAGGGGAGCGCCACCCCCUUUUGUCCCCCCGUCACCCCGCCCCCCCUCCACCAGUCAGCAGGAAGACGCCCCCCUUACAUUGGGUCGUGGGAGUGUGGGGAAAGGAAGGAGUUUGGCCCCCCAGCCCCCUAGCACCUCCGCCCCCCCCAGCCCGCGGCCCUCCCCCCCCCCUCACCACCACCAGCACCACCUGUUUGUGUACCUCGUGGCCUAGAGGCGGAUAAACAAACAGAGGAGUAAACCAACCAACAAACAAACAAACUGGUCUAUUUCGUGUACUAUCCUAACUGGUAUAGUUUCUUUCAAAAUACAAACUGUUUAUCAA